UUUUUUUUUUUUUUUUUUAACCUCCACACAAAAUUCUUGGUAAAUCAUCAAAAUAUAAUUCAUAAUAAAUUCUAGUACAAUAAACCUGUCACAGAUAAUAAAACUGUAAAUAUUUACAUAUAAGCAUAAAAACAAUCUGUCAAAAGUGAACAUUUUAUAAAUUUUUAAACUUCAAUUAUUAUAAAUUAAUUAAAAAAUGAUAAAAAAAAUUUUUAUUGCGUAAGAGCAUCAAGCUAUGUCUAGACCACUAAAAAAAGGUAAAAAAAGUAAAAAAAAUUAGCUAAAAAAAAGCCUAAUAAAUACUCCCAAAUUAUUAAAUAAUUUAUAUUUUAAAAAAAAUUUCAUAAAUAAAUUUUAUAAACAAAAAAAAAACGAAAAAAAAAUUAUUUUAAAAUAAAAAAAAAAAAAUAUGGCUGGUUUUGUGAUAAGAGUAAAAACAAAAAGUGGACAAAAAGUUGUCAAUGGAUUGUCAUCAAAUGACACUGUGUUACAGCUUAAAAAAAAAUUAUCUGAAUUAACUGGUUUUAAAAUAAAUUUACUUCAUGUACUAAGUGGUUUUCCUCCAAAAACAAUAAAUCUUAAUAAUGAAAGUUCAACAAUAAAUGAUUGUGGAAUUGUGUCUGGUGACACAUUGAUAGUUGAAGAAAAACAACAACAACAACAACAAUCACCAAUUGAAGAUAUUAAAAAGCCAGAAUCACGUUCACAUAUUGUUGAUAGUGAGGGUUUCACUGAGGCAUCUGGUGUUUUAAUUAAAAAAAUUGUUCCAGCUGAUAAUUCAUGUCUUUUUACAAGUGUUGGCUAUGUUUUAAAUGGAAGUAUUGAUUCAAAUUGUUCUGGUUUUAUGAGAGAACUUAUUGCAAAUGCUGUUGCAUCUGAUCCAGAAGAAUAUUCAGAGGCAAUAUUGGGAAAACCAAAUAAAUCAUAUUGCGAAUGGAUUAUGAAGCCAGAUUCAUGGGGUGGUGGUAUUGAAGUAUCAAUAUUAUCAAAAUUUUAUGGUCUUGAAAUUGUUGUUGUUAAUAGUGUCAGUGGAAUCAUCAGUAGAUUUGGUGAAGAUCAACAUUAUUCACACAGAGUAUUUCUCAUUUUUGAUGGUAUUCAUUAUGAUCCACUUUACAUGGAGCCAUUCAAUGGAGGAAGUAUACAAACUCUAUUUCCAACAAAUGAUGAACGUGUGUUGCUAGAAGCAACACAAUUGGCGAAAGAAGCUAAAUCUAGUCGUCAAUUUACAGAUGUACAAAAUUUUACAGUUAAAUGUAUGGAUUGUAUGGUUGAUUUAAGUGGUGAAAAAGCAGCAACUCAACAUGCUAAAGAUACUGGUCAUACUAAUUUUGAUGAAAUUAAUUAAUUUAUAUUAAUUUCAUUUGUUU